GGAACCACCUUUAGAUGUAGACCCCUUAGCCAUUUUUUUAUUUUUGACACCUGUAGAUACCUUAGCCAUAGACUUGAACUUGAUUCUUCAAGUAUGUUUUAUAUCCUCCUUGUCUUUUCUUGAUCUAACAGGAUAUGUCAAAGUCUUGUAAGGGCCUUGCUAUGGAGCUGGUAAAAUGCCUUAGCGAAUCAGAUUGUGUUAGGGUGGAGAAGCGAUCCUAUAGGGAAUGUGCUGGAGAGAAGAGCCCAUCAAUAUCAAGUGAGUGUGUGGGACUAAGGGAAACUUAUUUUAAUUGCAAGAGAGGACAGGUAUGUUCUAUUUUCUCUGCGUUUAGCAUGCAACAGGAUUGUUUUGUUUCU